AUGGCGCCGGCUGACCGCGAUGCAGGCCCGGCGCCUGUCUCGGCAUCCCUCAACCGCGCAAGCGCCACGCGCAAACGUACCUCGACGUCGUCUCAGAAUGCACCAACGCACAUCUUGGCGAAUGAGUGGGGUGGCACCACGCUCAACGAUGAGCCCACCAGCCUCUCCAGCCCUCCCAACAUGUCUCAGCCAGACCGCUCGCGUUCGGCCACUGUCAGCUCGAUCGACAUCCCGCGGGUCACGUCGCCGAUCUCGAUGGGAUCAAUGGACACGGCCGUGAGCCGCCACCCGUCGGCUAAGAGUAGCGUGAUGCUCAGCAUGCCCGAGGGUGUAGUUCAAGACUUCACAAGCGCAAGGCCGAUGGGCCGCACCGAAUCCGCCGUGAGCUUCACCCUUGACGCCGUACAGCCACGCACCAACUCCGCCCACGACCUCAACUUUGCCCCUGUCCACUCCCUCCCCCUCUCCAACCGGUCCACUCCCCCUACAGCAGGCUCGGGUGCCUCUUUCGGCCCGCCCGUUCUCCGUCCCAUCCUCACCAACGCGUCGGUCCCCGUGCCGGGCGCCAUCUCCUCACACCAUGACCUCGACUUUGGCCCUGCCCCCGCCCUCCCCCUCGCCAUGCAGGCGACCCCGAACUCUUCCAGGCCCAAACCCCAGUUACGCCUGUCGACGCAAGACCUCCCCGCCCCGAGCAAGAAAGCGGAUAAGCAGCCACUCAGCCCGGGUAUGAAGCACUGGCAACAGGUGCGACAGCAUGUUGUUACCGGGCCGUCGCCCGUCGACUCCAAGCCCAAGCGGGGCAUCGUGUCCCGUACUGCAGGGCGGUUUGGCUUCCGUUCCGUCGUGGAGAACGUUCUUGGAUACGACCGCAGACGCGGGAGCACGUACGGCGCGUUCGCGAUGGACAUGACGGACGAGGAACGCGAAGAGGCAAGUCGCGAGCGACGGCGCUUCGCACGCGCAGUCAAGACCUGCCUCGACGAGUGUGCGGCUGAGGAGAGCACGCGCCGAUUACGCCGCCUCGCCGCCGCUGGCGGACAUGCCCCAACUCCACCCGCUUCCAAGCCCAAGAGCACACACCUCAGCUCGCAUGGUGGGCGGUCUGGCAGCGUUCACGCCCUCGACGACGAAGGCGUCAGCGCCUUCUAUCCCCUACUCUCUGCGCUAGUCAAGUUCGGCCUUGACGCCAAAGCCAAGCGCGUGUGGUCACGCACGUGUCCGCACCACGCCGCCAUCCUCGCUGAACUGGGCACUGCGUUCCUCCCAGACUCGGCGAGCCGGGACGGCGACCGCGCACAGGCGCUCCAGGUAUUCUUCACGAUUGUGACCCACUGGAGCACCGACAGCGAUGAGGACGAGCUCAGUCGCUGGCGGUGGUUGUGCCACGCAAUGCUCCGCGACGACCGACAAACGCGCGACCGGGGUCUUCGACUCCUCUCCCUCAUCCUAAAGGGCGACAGCAGUAUGCCCGAGGCUCUAGUCCGUCCAGCAACUGCACUGGACUUUGAGAGCAUCGCGGUUGCUCUGCUAAACCUCCUCCAUGCGUUAGAGAAUUCGGGAUAUGCGAGCGACGAGCACCAGAGCAUCGUGUGGGGUCUCAUUGCCUCGCUUGGCGCUGGCGACAUCAUCGCUGUCGACUCCGAGUCCGUCGUGCCUCUGCUCGACGACGACAGUCUCAUAGCACGUAAUACCGAGCGUGAGCUACUCUGGAUCGCAGCCGCCAAGGCCAUCACCGCCAACAAGCAUGUCGGGGCAUGGAUGCUCGACUGCAAUGCCGCUGUGCUGCGGCGCUUCGUCCCGGUACCCGUGUUACCAGGGAUGCCCGAGACCGCGCGCCAACUCCGCGUGCUAGCCAGCAAAGCUCUCCUCAACUCUCUCGCGACACUGGUUCGGGACGUCGAUGACGAGGAUGUAGUCGCGUCUGUGGCCGCCAUGGCGGAAGAGAUCUUUGACGAGGCCAUGGCCCUUCCCAGGCGAGAUGGCAUCGAGGCCAGCUACGCAUCAGUACUCCUCGCCCUCGACUGUGCUGUCAAUUCCCCCGACUCACCGUACGCUGCAUGCCUGAGUGACCUGCUCGCCAAACACAACGAUAUCGUCACUUCUGUCGCCCAGGAUUUUAUCUCUUCCUUCCCCACCGCUCGUGUAAUGAAGGUCACGCGCCAGUUCCUCCAGGCCGACAUGCCACUCGGGCGCGCGUUUGUGCCUCUGCUCCUCGAGCACCUUGCAACCCUCCCGUCGACCCCCGAAGCUCGUACGUUCCUCGCGUGGCUUUCGACAGCCCAGCCGCACCUCUUCUACAAGCCCCUCUUUGCCUGCGCCGCAGCCACGCAGGCCGAGACUCUUGUCAAGCCGCUCCGGAUAGUUGCCAGCAUUGCGGAACAGCUCGGCGCAGACGCGUUUUGGACACGCGCAGAUCCCCAAAUGGUCGCAAUCGUGCUCGGCGACAUGUCCCCACGCAAGGGGAAGGGCAAAGCGCGCGGCGCUGUUGCGAACAUCAAGCUCGGUCGGUACGCGUUACUGGUCGAGCUCCUCGUCUCACUGCAAGGCGCUAAGGGUCCCCAGCUAGCCACGUUCGCGCAUGGCCUCGAGACCCGCCUAGGUGCCAUGCUGGAGCUCGAGGAGAGCGGUUCCUCCCUACCACCCGGGUACCGCAGUCUCGUCGUGCAACUGAUACGCUCCCUCCGCAUCGGCUCAGGCCUUAUCAAACGCACCUCCAUCACCCGCCUCGCGGUACAGUGGUAUACGUCGUCGUCGUGGCGAGCCGCCUCGCCCAGCCCUGAGACGAGCCUGAUCGACUCGCUCAUCCAGUUAUACAAGUCGGACACGGAGGCCACCUCCAAGAGCGUCCCGCGCAUCGCGCUCCUCAAGCUCCCGCUCUCUGAGGCGCUUCCUACGCUACUUGUCACAGCGCAAGCCAGCCUCGCAUCAGAGGACUGGGGAGCACUUCUCCCCGUCGUGUGGGAGCGGUACGCUGGGCGCGACAUGCCGGUCGACCAGCUCACGUUCCUCAUGAUGAAGUGCGCCGAGGCCGCGCGUGGCGGGCUGCGCAACCUCGUCUCGACCGAGCUAUACAACGCUGGGCCCAGUGUGCGGAACUACGCGCUCCUCAAACUUGCCAUGCUCUACGGCUACCGAUUCCAGGUGUACACGCAGGACACUGUAACCGACCGACGCGGGCUCAACUUUCGCUUCCCGCAGCGACAGCUCGAGUUUGUCCCUGCGGACAUGGGCAGCCAGGUAUGGGUGACCCCGCGCGACGCGCAGGACGCCGCGUUGCAGAAGUACGGGCGCGCGCUGCCGCUUGAACUACGGCAGCGGCUCAUGGAACUCGGCUGGACAGAGGACGAGGAGAUGACCGCUACCGACAUAGAGCGCCUGCCCGUCACAGCCGUCCCGCUGUCGGGUAAGGGGAGUAUCGCGAUCGAGCUAAAACAUGCCGCCGCGCCUGUUAUCAAGCGCAAAGGCUCAAACUCGUCCUUACACAGCAACAGCGCCAAGGUUCACCGCGCCGUCGUGCCUCCCGACCUAGUGGCAAUCGUCAUUGACCAGGCGCGCCAACUCGCGACAGCCGACGAUAUAGGCGUCGAGCUCCUCUCCAAGGAACUUGUGCACAUGUUUGAGCGCGACGACGCGACACUCUUCAUGCGCCCCGUGUCGGAGGAGCUGCCUCACGAUAUUGCCAACGCACUUCUCCGCGUCAACGGAGUUAUUGCCCAGCCGACGCCAGGCUUCGCGCACGCCGCGCUCAAUGCACUUGUCGGCUUCCUCAAAAUCGCCGUGCGCGCCGACGCAGAGUUCCCGCACUGGGCACCGAUUCUAGGCACGAUCGCGCGCCUCAUCCCAAACGUCUGCGAGAUCUCGCUGCGCGACGUGCGCAAAACCAAGUCUGAACACGUCCUCCUCCCCGCGUCCAUCUACGAAACCGACGGCGGGUUUAAGGUCCACCGCCCGUGGCGGGAAGACGUACUCCUCGACGUGCAGACUGCGCAGCUUGUUCUGCUGUCAGCCAUACUCCGCACCAACCGCCGCGACGUGUACCUCGUCAAGAAGAUGCUCUUCAGCCUCCAGGUGCAGGAGAGUAUGCGCUACCUCCCCUUUGCGCGCGCGUGGGUCGAGCUCAUUGUGGAUCUGUGCACAGCCGUGAACAGCAACUACAACGACCGCGCCGAGCUCCGACACUUCCUGUACAACAUCACUUCCGCGAUGUCGCUGCACGGCGGCGACAUGAUCGUGGUCGCACACGGGAUGCGCGCUAUUUCGCUAUGCGCGACGCGCUUCCGUCGCGUGUUCGCCAGUAUCGGCUUCGUGAACAUCAUGCCGGCCGUGUACGACGCGUAUGUACGCGGACACGGGGGAAUCAGGGACGCCGUAGAAUACGCGUGCCGCUCGUUCUACCGCAUCCACCAGGACGUGUUUGUGUACCAGCUCUGCCUCGCACUGUCCGAACACAUCCACGAGGACGCAUUCGAUGCACGCGCGGCGUAUGACCUGCUGGCCGUGCUGGCGACCGACGACCCUGCUUCGGGCGUGCCAAGCGGCAUCCGCGACCUGAACAGGAAGUACGAGGUCGAGGUGUUACUGCAGAUGCAGAGCGGCGGGGCGGAAGUUGCACUCUCCACACCAGAGCGGCUCAUUGCCACGCUCGAGCCUGCCCUCUUCCCGACCGACAAUAUCGUACGCCUCCUCGUUACCGUCAUCGCCGUCAACGCAGCCAGUAAGCGCGGCAUCCGCCUUCUGGGCCUCUUUGGAGCCAUUGCACCAUACCUCCAGGCUGAGGAGCGUACGCGCGCCCUCGUCGACGACGCUGUGUACGUGAUCGGCCGCUUCAUUGAACGCUCCCGCGCAAGCGACGACACGGCACUCCAGCGUCUCGUACCCGGUGAAGGGCCUAGCAGCCCCGACUGGCCUGCCGCAACCAACGCCUACUUCCAGUUCGUCGAGUCCAUCACCGCCUCCGGGGCGAUGUUCAGCCUCCAAACUACACGGCAGUUGAUCGAGCUCGGCCACUGUUCCGUUUUUAUAGGUAGCAACGCCGCUGUGUCGCGCCUCUUCGGCGCGCUCGCCCGUGCCCAGGUCUCUACUGAAACCUCGUUCCUCGCUGACCUCGCGCCGAAAUAUGAGGUGAGCCUCCAGGGCAUCGACUUCAGCAGUGUCCUCGACGCCAUCUCCUCCAUGAUCAGGAGAAACGCAUUCCGUCUCCCCGCCUCGAUCGCCCGCUUGAUUGUGGAACGGUACGUGGGGCCCGCGUUGCGCUUCAUCGCCAAUGCCGCCCAUGAGGUCCUCAUCUCCGACUCGCCCCUCCGCCCUCACUCCCAACCUCCAACCGUGGCCUUUCGCCGCGCUGCCGUCGAACUCCUGUCCGUCACCGUCUUUUUACCUGGCGUGGACGUCCUACACCAGCUCGAGCGCAACACCUCUUCCGCGGGCAUGCUCGCUAUGAUGAUCAUCCCCCUGGCGCUCGCCCUCGAUCCGCCUCCCGACCGAGACGUGAAUGGCAUCUGGGUCCGUCUCCUCAAAUUCACGCUCCGGUCCCCCAGCGAUCCCCCACUCGAGCGGGCAGCUCACACUGCCCUCGCUCUGCAAGUUGUGAAAAUCGCCGCAGUUCGCGUUCCAGACGUCAUCUCGUCCGAGAGGGGCCUGUGGACCCACCUAGCAACAUACGCAAAGUCCGCGGUCGCGGACGGUAACGGCCGCUUCUUGACCCGCACGCCACGGCUGGUGGACUGGAUGAUGUGGUCUCUGUUCGAGCUUGUUGCCCUACACCGAUCACCACUUGCCCUCGCCUUGCGAUUGCACAUGCAGACUGCCCUCGCGACAGUGAACGAUGAGCGCGACGCUGCCUCCUCCCGCCCCUCUACUGCUGGAAGUGUAACACCCACUCCCCGCUCGCUCUCAGGCCUCGUCCGCAGGCCCUCGGCACGCGUACCCUCUGCGACGAACCUGAGCCCCCUGGCGGCUCGCGUCACCAGCACAACCCUAGCCCCCGUCCUCGAGACCGACACGCUACACCCUUCCCCGCUCCUAGCCUCGCCUACUCCCUCUCCCUCCUCUGCGCUCGGUUCCCUUACCCCGAAACAUCAACGCUCCCUCUCCGCGGCCUCUGCGUCGUCCGUUAUGUCGGCAGCCAGCGCUUACUCGAACGUCUCCCUCUCCAACCCCUCCCUCUCCCCCUCCCCCUCCCCCUCCGUCUCGCACAACCGCUCACCCUCGACCGCCACCACCUCGUCCACAGCCGUUGCCCGCCGAUCCUUCGCUCCAGUCAAGCCCUCCUUCUCCGUCUCCGCCCGCCGCGCCUCCCGGCCUACAUUUGACGCCUUUGAGCGCCGUUUCUCCGCUGCCCCGCGCGCAGGAGACCGCGGAUCCAUCGUGCAUCUUAUCGGACAAUCCACGCCCACGGCUCCUGCUGGUCCCACGACGGUGGCGAAGAAUUCACGAAGCGAGAUCCUGCAAUCACCCCUUCGUAGCGAGUUGGCGGAUGCCGCACGGCGCUCACUCCUCGUCGCACUCGUCGUUUACGGGUACGAUGUCGACGAGGACGUGGACGUACACGCUUGGAGUGCGUCUGACGCUCUGCACGCCAUUACGGAGGAGACGCGCAUGCUCGUCGAGGACGAGCUUGCGGAAGCGUUUCUUCCCAUUUCCCAAGCCAGCGAGUCUGAGCCUGAUGCAGCUCCCAAGGCGGACGAGGAGGAGAAUGGCGGUGGGUCUAAGCGCUCCUCUUAUGCGCACCCCUGGGAUGAGCCCCAACUCCCAUCGCUCAGCUACACACUCAACCAUGGGUUUGACGAGGGAUAUACCGUUACUACCGAGUCGCCACGCAAUAGUCUCGAUCCUCGGCCAUCACGUGAGAUACCCACUGUUGCGAUAUCGCUUGCGUGA